AUGGCAAAUAUAUACAAUUUCGGAAGAUUCUGGGAAGAAAACAAACUAGAUGUAUUAAUCUUGGUUAGUUACGCACCAGGCAACAUCGGAUAUAAUCCAAUUGAAAGAAUGUUUUCACAUUUAACAGAUCUAAUUGCAAACGUAACAAUUGAUCUUGAUCCAACAUUUUCAACAAUUAAUCACCAAUUGGAUUCAGUAUUAGUUGAUUUAAAUAAAUAUUGGCAUAAUAAAAAUUCAACAUGCAUUCAUUGUACACGACAUCCGGUGAGAGCAACCAAAACAGUUAAACUUCUCCGAUCAGGCGGAGAUUACUUACCAUGGCCACAAAUGACGUUUGGCAACCAUUAUGAUACGUUCUUACACCGAACGCUUGCUGAUAAAAAAAAUAUUGUACCAGAUCAGCAAUUACCAUCAGGACGAACGAAACGAUGUUUGGAAUGUAAAUUACCAUAUAUCUUUUCUUCUAAAGCAGAUAAAGAACGACAUAUGGAAAUAACAUUAAGCAGUAUAAAUGCUGAUUAUGUGAAUGCAAGAGAAAUUAUUUAUAAAACAGAAACAUCAUGUUCGAAAAUAUUAAAUAUUAUUGAAGAAGGAGCAUUAUCGUAUGAACACGCAAUUGAAGAUGCUGCAAAACAAAUUCAAACGGUUACACAAAAGGAGCCCACGAGUAGUAAAGGAUAG